AUGGGGCAUGAUGAAGCUGUAGUUACUCAGAAUUCAGUAAAAGCACCAUCACCACCCAAGGAUCAGCCAGCUAUUUAUCCAUGCCUUGAUUGGUCGACUAUGCUGGCAUAUUAUGGCCCAGGGGUCUUACCACCAGCAUUCUUUAACCCUGGAAUAGCCCCCCCUGGUCAUGUCCAUCCACCAUAUAUGUGGGGUCCGCAGAAUAUGCCACCAGCUGCCUUUGGAAAACCAUAUGCUGCAAUAUAUCCACAUGCUGGUGGCUUCCUGCAUCCCUUCAUGCCCCUAAUGGUAAACCCGUUGAGUGCAGAGCCAGCUAAGUCUGUGAACAGCAAGGAUAAUAGUUUAAAUAAGAAACUGAAGGAAAUUGAUGGAACUGCUGUGUCAAGUGGUAACAGUGAAAAAACAAGUGGGGAUUACAGCCUAGAAGGAUCCAGCUAUGGAAACAACCAAAAGAUGAGCGGAACGCCAAAGAAAAGGAACUUAGAUGAUAGGACUACAUCAGAAACAUGUGGAGUUUCGGCAACUAAUGAUAAACCAGGAGAAUCAGGAAGAUUACCAACUUUGCCCAAUGUGCACAUUCCAGAUGCAACGAUGAAACCAUGUGUGAGCACGGGUAGUGACUUCAAAGUUAGUGGUGCGACAUCAACCGAAUGGCCGGCUAAGGACGAUAAGGAAUCAAAGCGUGAAAGGAGGAAGCAGUCAAAUAGGGAAUCUGCCCGACGCUCAAGGCUGAGGAAGCAGGCUGAGACUGAAGAGCUGGCUAGGAAAGUAGAGUUACUGACCGCAGAGAACACAUCCCUCCGAAGCGAAAUCAGCAAGCUAACGGAAAGCUCCCAGAAACUAAGAAUGGAGAAUGCGGCUCUGAUGGUACUUCAUCUUUUAACGGCAUACAUACUUGAACUCUUACUCGACAUUCCGUUUCCUUCGAACAAUGAACAUGUCCCACUUUCUGAAACGAACCCCUCACAUGACAUCACAUCACAGGAGAAACUAGCGGACGGUGCAUCAGACCAAACCCAAGAAGCGUCCGCAGGCCACCAGACGACCACCGCGCCACCGUCGGCUCGCGUCGUCAAGAACUUCCUCUCGAUGAUGGACGUCGAAGGCCCAUCGAGAGGUGGCGGCAGCGGCGGCCGGCGCGUGGAGCACGGUGCGCCCAGGCUCCGCCAGCUCCUGAACUCGGGUCCUCUGGCGGCUGACGCCGUGGCCGCAAGCUGA